CCUCCCAGCACUGACAAAAGCUGCUUUUCCUCCUCAAGAAACUCCUCAUUCCUCCAGAAGCUGCUCAGAUUUCCCCCCGAUGUCCCCCUCCAGGCACAAGGCAUUUCUCCAUUCCUUAAGGUUGAAAAAAGGGGAUUCACGGAGAGAAAAAUGUCACGACGCCAGAAUCUUUGGGGUUGGAGCAAAAGGCCCGUUUGGGCUCACAGGAGGGAGAAGUGUGGAUGCUGCACCUGGUUCUGGCCAAGAGCAUUGGCAGAGAACGGCAGCAGAGUGUCCUGGGACAGAAUCCACCACUGCCGGCUGCUGGCUGGGCUCGUGCCCGACCAGGUCCAGAUAUGCCGCAGGAACCUGGAGGUCAUGCACAGCAUCGUUCAGGCUGCCAGCAAAACCAAGAGCAUCUGCCAGAAGACCUUUUCCAGCAUGAGGUGGAAUUGCUCCUCCAUCCAGCGUGCCCCCAGCUUCGGUCCUGACCUGCUGAAAGGGACCAGGGAAUCUGCCUUUGUCCAUGCACUCUCCGCCGCCGCCAUCGCACACUCCAUUGCCCAAGCCUGUGCCUCAGGGUCACUCCCGCUCUGCUCCUGUGGCUCCAUCCCCUCCGAGCUCCCUGGACCGGACUUCAGAUGGGGUGGCUGCGGGGACAACCUGCACUACGGCCUCCAGCUCGGUGCUGCUUUUGCUGACAGCCCCCUAAAAUCUAACAAGCUGGGACUGCAGGCUCUGAGGGCCGUGAAUUGGCAUAACAACGUGGCAGGCAGGCAGGUGCUGAGUGAGUCCCUGGAUACCAAGUGCAAAUGCCACGGUGUUUCAGGCUCCUGUUUGGUGAAGACCUGUUGGAAGGCACUGCCGAGUCUGGCUGAAAUUGCCUCCGAGCUCAAAUCCAAGUACCUGGCAGCCAUCAGGGUGAGCCACCGCCUCGUGGGGCGCAGGAAGCAGCUGAAGCCCACGGAAACAGACAUCAGGGUGAUGAGAGACACAGACCUGGUUUAUCUGAUUCACUCCCCCGACUACUGCACGCCCAAUGUCCACCUGGGGUCUGUGGGGACACAGGACAGGCAGUGCAACAAGACAUCUGCGGGCAGUGAUGGCUGCGACCUGCUGUGCUGUGGCCGCGGCUACAACGCUUACGUGGAGGAGGUGGUGGAGAGGUGUCACUGCAAGUACCGCUGGUGCUGCUACGUGCUGUGCAAGAGAUGCCGGCGGCCGGUGGAGAGGUAUGUCUGUAAAUAGUGUGGGGCAUCACAGCAGGCAGCAGGACGUGUGUUGAGUCCUCCAGUGUGCAGCUGGGGAACGGGCACCAUCUGCAAGCAGUGCUCUGAAGGGGAUUGUGCUGCAAGCCUGGACUCUGGAACUACAACAGAAGACCUCAAACUGGGUGAUGAUGGGAAGCCUCAAACCAGAGGACGACCUCUGUCUCACCAGAGUGAGACAAAGGGCUGCCCUCCUGCAGUGGAUCAGCAUCUGGCCCUCUGUCUCCAGCUGGGGACAACCAUUUAUCACUCGGCCCUGUUCUCCAGGGGUGAAUGGGGACUCUGCACUGCCAUUGUCCUUUUGCAGGAGGCUUUUGACAGUGGCCUGAAAGCCAGGAGUGAUGGAUGAGAAGAUGGGUAAAGAGUUGUCCAUGGGGGGAAGGCUGCAGAAAGAAAACCGCUGAGGUUGAGGGGGUCCUGGUAGACCCUCUGGAGCCAGGUUUCUGCUGUGGAUUCACCCAACACCACUGAAUGUUCCUCCUCACGGGCAAACACUGUUCCAGAGCUCUUUGUAGCAUCUGAAACAAAGAGCAGAGGCAGAGUCAGUGACGGCUCCAGGAGAUGGAACUCAUCGCUUUCCUCCACGACCCACAUGGAGAUGGCUGCAGGUCUCACAGUUACAAGACUUCAGCUGUGGCUGACGGAAGUUGCUCCUUCCACCCCCUGGCCCCAGGUGUGCUGCACUGGCCUGGGGAGAGGACGGGACUCCUGAAGAAAUAAGCAUAACUCUUUAGACUCACUGUCAGUGGGAUUCCGGUGCGUGCUGCUUAAAUAAAUGUACCAUACAUGCCUCUGUGACAGAACUACGUGUCACCUCCUCCCACCUUGGCAUUCAGCUGACCCCAGAGAGAGCAAGGCUGGAAGGAGAGCGCGAAGCACAGUGUAUAAGGUUCUGGUAGCUGGAAACAGAGGCAGCUGGGGCUCAUUUUCUGAUCUGCAUGUAUGUGGGUUGGAGCACAGUGUGCAUCGAGGACAGGGUCCUGAUUCACCUCAUCCUUCCCUCAGUUGCCAUGACUGCUUUUAGCAGGAGAGUUGGAGAAGUGCUUGCAUAGAAUGAGAUUCCAGUUCGUGCAGCCUUUGGAGAGAAGGGGUGAAUUUAAGCACGUGUGUGCUGAGGAGAACCCACAGCACAAGGAGUGCAGGUAGAUGUGCCUGAGAUCCCAGGAUGGCUUCCUGCAGCUCCCACCACGACAUAGAGGCUCUGGCAGUCUUGCGUGCGCCUUGUGUAAUUUGUGGUUUGCAUUGAAUGGAGCUGGUUGUGCUCAGCCCUGAGUCCAGCUGUAAGAUUACUCAUUUCCAUAUUCAUUCAAUCAUUUUUUAACAGCCUCAGCUGGGUCACAGAAUCAAUUCAUAAGCUUUUGUUGUAAACUAUCCCCUCCACUUAAUGUGCUCCAGGUUUCUCUAUGAACAGUGAGUAAGAGCUGAGAGUCCGAGGCGGCUCGAAACAAGGCUGGG